AUGACUGCUUUGCCUGCCACAGGACAAAUCCAGAAAAGGCUGCCCAGAGACUUUGCCAACGGGACCUACGAGCACAGCAACAUCUCAGCACAGUGCACAGCUCUGCCCUCACCGCGCCACGGACGCUACUAUGUGGAUAGAGGCUCCGGUGUCUCCGUGGGUUCAGUCAUUGUGUACUGGUGUGAAGAGGGCUACCGGCUGGUGGGCAGCGAGAGGCUGUCCUGCCUCCAACAGGAGAGCACCGCAUCCUGGAGCCAUCCCACGCCCCACUGUGAGGGUAAGGAGCCUGUCGGCAAACCCGAGCCCCAGGCCAGCAUCGUAGAGCCCCUCUGCCCUCUUGCAGGGCUUCAGCCUGGUGUGUGGGGUCACCAACCAUUCACUCACUGGGAGUUCUCACCAGACUCAGACAGUGGGCCCUAUAAAACUGUGUCCCAGCUGCCCCGAGAGGGCACAGGCCAGGCUCCAUCAAGUCGGCGGCUACCCGGGCCCGCCCGGGCCGCCCUCCGCCCGGAGGCGUUCUCAGUUCCGCGCCGUGCCGCCGCUCAGCGCCGCGCUCUGCCUCUGCCCGCAGCCGUCCCGCCGCCCGCCAACGCGGGCUCCCGCCUGGCCGUCGCCGCCGCGCUGGUGAGCGGAGCCGUCAUCCUGGCGCUGGCCGCCUCCUUCGCCGUGUGCUGCUGGCGGGAGCGGGCGAGGAAGAGCCGCGGCCCGGGGCCGGGGAACGGCGGGCGGCAGCGGCUCGGGAGGAAGCCCGGAGCGGGACGGACGGGCGACGGCUCGGCCGCACGGCGGGGCAGGAAGGCUUUCGGCAGGUUGAAGCACCACCACCGCCGCGAUUACCACCUCUCGGCCCUCUCCAGCUCGGUGUUCCCGGGGGCGUUCGCGGGCUGCAAUAACGCGGCCUUCCAAAGGAGCCCCGAUCACCUGCCCCAGUGCGGCUCGCAGCCCGGAGCGUGGCUGUGGCCGCAGCUGGCAUCGCAGCCGCACUCAGCGCCCCGCAGCCCGCCGAGCCGCCAGCACCGCUGCCUGCAGCCGCCCCACGGACCUGGCCGCUUCGACCGGCCCCGCGUCCUGCCGCCCGGCUGCUACCGAAGCUUUGCGGAACACAGGCUGUCAAACGCGUGCGGUAGUGGCCCGUUUGAAAACUAAAGCCGUCAUUCAGUG